AUGGCACAGGCCACGGCAACUACUACCACCGGUACCCGGCAGCAGUCUGACGCGGGAGACGAGCUGGUGCCAACAACGCCCACGGACGAUGAGAAUCUGUUCAUCAAUCCGUCCGACGGUCUGCCGAACGAGCAUCCGGCCUUGCCGAGCGCAUAUGAUUCCGACAGCGAGUCAAACCCUGUGGCAGACGAUGAUCUGUUGGACGAUCUACCAACGUCGAUCAUCGUAACCAACAUCCACUCGGAGGUGUUCGCCGACGAUGCGCUCAAGGCUAGUCUGGAGGAACUGUUUCGCACGUUUUCCGAAAACACCACCUUCCAGUGGCUGAAGAGCUUUCGCCGGUUGCGCGUCAACUACGACAGUGCGCUGGCAGCGGCAAAUGCGCGUAUUCGGUUGCAUCAGUACCCGUUUGGAAAGUCCGUCAUAAAUUGCUAUCUGGCUCAACCAGUGACGCCGGUGUCGAACACCAACCUUAAACCGCCCGCACCUGUCAAGCAGUUCCUUAUAUCGCCACCGGCAUCACCACCGGCUGGCUGGGAACCGGCUGAGGAGGGCGAACCGCUCGUUAACCAUGACCUGUUGGCAGCGUUGGCCAGCUUAACGCCGGGCGAAAGUCAUGAAAUUCACGCUCAAUCCGAACACCAUCCGGGCAUCAUUUUACACACUGCAGCAGAGCAGCUGGAAGCGGCGGCAGCGGCCGCGGCGGAAGGGGCAGAUGACGAUGAGCCGGGUGCGAAAUCUUCUAGCAUGGGCAGCAGUUUCGAGGACGAUGAUCCGGACAAGGAAAAUUCCCCGGUCGUUGGAACGAACGCGCGCAAAACUCGUAUCAUGCAAACACGCUGCCCAGAGCGCAAAAGUUCCACCUAG